AUGGAGUGCUCUACGGAGUAUUCGACAACAUAUGUGGCCGACGCGCCGCAGCCAAUGGAGCCCGCUGGCGACGCCAAUAACUUAUUUGCCUUGUUAGGUAACGACGUCGAAGACGACACUGUCGUCGCCGCCUUGCCAAAGGAAGUCGUCAAGAAGAACACUUCCUCCAAGAAGGCUGAUGUUCCUCCUGCCUCUGCUGACCCAGCCAGAGCCAAGAAGAACAAGUCCAAGCCUACCGGUAACGAAGCUGCCUUGAAGGCUAACGCCGACAACAAGUCUGUUGCCGCUCCAUCUGCCACUCCAUCCAAGCACGUCAAGAAGCCAUUUGACCGUCAUUCCAGAACCGGUAAGACCGACUCCAAGAAGAAGCUCAAGCAAGGCUGGGGUACUGGAGAACAAAGAGAAUUGGAAGGUGAAACUGAAGGUUUGGAAGACGCUGUAGCUGACUUGGACGAAGAAGACGAAGUUGCCGCUGAACCUGCCGUGCCAAAGAGAUCCUUGAACGACUACUUUGCUGAAUUGCAAGUCAAGCAACAAGAAUUGGAAGGUGCCAGACAAUUGAGAAAGGCCAACGAAGGUGUUGAAGACAAAUGGACCGCUGAAGAAGUCAUCGAAAAGCAACAAGAAUCUUUCUUUGAAUCUACUGCCUCCAAGAAGACCAAGGCUAAGGCUCCAAAGGAAAAGAAGUUCUUGGAAAUCGACGCUCACUUUGCUGAUGAACAACCAGCUUCUUUUGAAUCCAAGAGAGGUGGUGCCAGAGGUGGUGCUAGAGGUGGUGCCAGAGGUGGCCGUGGUGCUGCCAGAGGCGCCAGAGGUGGUUUUGCCAAGAGAGGCGACAGCAAGCCUGCUGCUAAGACUGCUGCUGCCCCAAAGGCUGAAAUCAACGACAAGAACUUCCCAUCCUUGUAA